ACUAUGAACUUUUUGAACUUGCUUCAUGUCUUGGCAUCAAAUUUCUUGAUAAACUUGAACAAAUUGCUGAUUAUCAAGCAACAUUUCGAGUACUUGAGCUUAUUUGGAUAGCAGUUAGAGUUGCGAUUCAUCUAUACAUUCAGAAUAAACAAAUUUCUAUUAAUAAUAUUCCCACUGAAAAUAAUAAUUUGCUAAAAAUAACAAUUACAUUUGGAGUCAGAAUGAAGAAAUCUAUCAAGUCUGAAUACUUGGAAUACUUUAAAAAUAUUCCACUUAUAAAUUCUGUUUCAGAUUUGGAACUAGGUAUUACUUUGGAUUUGGAACUAGAAAUUCUUGAACCUACUGAAAAUUCUUUAAUUCAAUCGGCAGAAUUGAUAGAACUAGAUGGGUUUGAAACUUCGGAUCAAGAACCAGAUGAAUUUGAACUAUUGAAUCAAAGUAGAUUUCAUUUUAGAUUUGGAAUUUGA